AUGGCGUCUAAAAUCCCUGAAGAAAAUUUAAGGCCAUCAUACGAUGAUGCAGAAACCGACGAAUCUGUCAAGAGAGGACAACAAGAAAAAUGGACCAAAGCACGUAAGGCAGACUAUGAUGGGGACAAGAACGCAAAAGACAACGGUCCUGUUUCAAAGAAACCACGUGUCGAUACAAGAAGUCCGCAAUUAGAUGCAGACGGUAAUGCCAUCCCAAAGGAGAAAAGAUUACCAAAGAGGAAAGUUGCUGUUAUGAUUGGUUAUUGUGGAACUGGAUACCAUGGUAUGCAAUAUAAUCCUCCAAAUCCAACUAUCGAAGCUACGCUUUUUAAGGCAUUUGUAGAUGCCGGCGCUAUAUCUAAAGCGAACUCUAAUGAUUUGAAGAAGAAUGGGUUUAUGAGAUCUGCUAGAACUGAUAAAGGUGUUCAUGCAGGUGGGAAUUUAAUAUCUUUGAAAAUGAUCAUUGAAGAUCCAGAAAUUAAAUCCAAAAUCAAUGAACAAUUACCUGAAGGCGUUCGUGUUUGGGAUAUUGAGCGUGUCAACAAAGCGUUUGAUUGUAGAAAGAUGUGUAGUUCUCGUUGGUACGAAUAUUUGUUACCAACCUAUUCAUUGAUUGGUCCUAAACCAGGUUCUAUUCUUUAUAAUGAUAUUGAAGAAAGUAGGAUUGAAUUACCAGGUGUUUUAGAUGAUGAUAUGGAGUCCAAAACUUUCUGGGAGAAUCUUCAAAAGGAAAUAGAUGAAACAUUCACACCUGAAGAAAUUGAAGCUAUUAAAUCAUAUACUCCACCACCAAAGGAUGAAUUUUUAGAUUCUGAAGGGCUUUAUUUGAAAGUGAAGAAAUAUAAACAAUUAGAAAACGCUCAUCGUAGGAAAUAUCGUAUAUCGCAGGAAAAAUUGACCAAGUUCCGUUCAUCAAUGGAACAAUACUUAGGGGCUCAUAAUUUCCAUAAUUUCACGUUAGGUAAAGAGUUUAAAGAUCCAAGUGCUAUUAGAUUUAUGAAAGAGAUUAAAGUAUCUGACCCGUUUGUCAUUGGUGAUGCGAAGACAGAAUGGGUCUCCAUUAAAAUUCAUGGUCAAUCAUUUAUGUUACAUCAAAUCCGUAAAAUGAUUUCUAUGGCUACUUUAGUGACACGUUGUGGAUCUCCAGUGGAUCGUAUUAAUCAAGCAUAUGGUGUACAAAAACUCAAUAUUCCCAAAGCACCUGCUUUAGGGUUACUGCUUGAAGCUCCAGUUUUUGAAGGUUAUAAUACUAGAUUAGAGAAAUUUGGUUAUAAAGCCAUCGAUUUCAGUAAAUAUCAAGAUGAAAUUGAUGCGUUUAAGAUGAAACAUAUCUAUGAUAAGAUUUACAAAGAAGAAGUUGAUGAAAAUGUAUUCAAUGCAUUUUUCAGUUACAUUGAUAGUUUUAAUAAAGUUACUGGCGCUCAAGGUGAAGAAACAGCUGAUAAAACGGGCGCAGCUGUUCAAAAAAGUAUCUUCGAAUUUUUAACUGCCAGAGGAAUCCCAGAAAUAACACCUGAACCUACAAAGAAAGAAAAGAAACUUGCUAAUGGGACGGCAAAUGAUGCAGAUGUUGUUACUUCUAAAAGCGAAUCAGAAGUUCAGCUAGCAGCAACUGCGGAAACUGAAGAAAAAGCUUGCGUGCAAUAG